GCUCUCUCCCCCGGGCGGGCGCGCGGCCGCGGGUAUGGCGGUGGCGGUAGGAACGCUGCAGCGCGGGGAGUCCGGCCGCCGAGCCCUGUACUUCUGCGGGAGCAUCCGCGGCGGACGCCAGGACCAGGAGCUGUACGGCCGGAUCGUGUCGCGGCUGCGGCGCUUCGGGGUGGUGCUCACCGAGCACGUGGCGGCAGUUGCGCUGGACGAGCGCGGGGAAGAGGCUGCUGGGGGCGACAGACUCAUCCACGAGCGGGACCUGGCCUGGCUGCAGCAGGCAGACGUGGUUGUGGCAGAAGUGACCCAGCCCUCUCUGGGUGUAGGCUACGAGCUGGGCCGGGCCGUGGCCCUCCAAAAACCCAUCCUGUGCCUGUUCCGCCCGCAGUCCGGCCGAGUGCUCUCAGCUAUGAUCCGGGGAGCGGCCGACGGCUCGCGGUUCCAGGUGUGGGACUACGAGGAGGCAGGUGUGGAGGCUGUGUUGGACCGGUACUUUGAGGCGGGUCCUCCCGAGCAGGUGGCUGCCUCCCCUGACCCAACCACCUGACUUAACCCCAGUUUAUUAAAUUCUCCUGACCCCAGACUCGCUCUAGUACCGUUCUUGCCUCUUAGCCUCAGUACUAGGUUCGUGGUAUGUUUACAAUUCUAACUUUAUGUUUGCGUGAGACUGGGCGUGGUGGAAGGUCUUCCAUAAUAUCCUCUUAACACCCCACUUCACUUCAAGAUGUAGAGACCCUUUAAAGGUCCACAGGCCUCCAAAGCAGGCUACUUCCUAACUCCCUCAAGCUCCCGCCAGGAACAUUCAGCAGUUUGGAGGAAGCAGGUUGUGGGGAGUGGCCAUUCCUCUCUGUCUGUGAUGCUAGGCUAGGUCUGAGGCAAGUGGGCUGGCCUGUACAUGACCUUGUGCCACAUGGACCUUCAUUUCCCUUUAUCAGUGUAAGUCACACAGGUCUGCCGUGGGCAUUUUCUGAGGAUGGAAGUCUGGUCGCCUGAAGAAAACCGUAAAGGAGAAGGAGGGUUGUGCGUGCGGGAGGAGGGGGGCGUUUAGCCCUUUGAGGAAGCUGUCUGGUCUGCUUCCAGAGAAGUAUAUGAAAAAGAGUUUAUUCAGUGCACCGAAGAAGGUGCUGCAGAC